UCCGCUUUUUGUUUGUAAUGUUUUAUGUUAAUAAACUGAAACAAGCAUAAUUUACAGGAUUUAAUUAAGGAUAUUUUAAUCAGGCCUCAGGAGUCAGUAUUGUAAGUAGAAGUGACAAUGCCAAUCCUGGAAUCAUGUUGGUCUCCGUGUAUUUGGACGUCAAACGUGAAGAAUGGAAGUCGAGCGAUCGCGGUGUAUACAGCCGCGAUGUCCGUGGUCCUCAUCACGUUUAUCGCGUACCAGAUGGCCGGAGGAGACUCCACACAGCUAUGGAAUCCGCUGUUCGAAGCUGAUGUCAGAGGCUCUCUCCUAGUUUUUGGGUCGAUUUUUAUUUUCAUAUUCUUAUUCUUAAUUGUAUCUUCGGUCCUAAUGGUGAUUGGAAUGGAAGUGUGGCUCCGAGGAUUGAUGCUGCCAUGGCUGAUCACAAUGGGCUUAAUCAUCAUUUUCCAGUUUGCAUUCAGUCUGUGGUUGUUCGGAGGAUAUUAUAUUUAUCUGGAUGCGACUUUUGCAUCUCUUCUUAAUUUGGUGUGGCUGGCUUACAAUGUCUACUGCUAUAUGUGCGUCCUGUCGCAAUAUCAAAUCAUCCUGGAGAUGCAGUCGCCUAAUAUCGAGAUGUUGGUGGAGUACUGAUAUUAGGCUAGCUAAUUCAUACUUGGACGCUUAAGCAUUUGUGUUCUAUCCCACAAAAAAUUACGUAUUGAUUUAUAACAAGACUCCAUUCAUAACUCAACAAAAAAUAUAUAUUUGUGGGUUAGUACACAAAAUGCUUAACAGUGACCAAUGACCAUGAUUGAUAUUAGAGUCUCAAGAACUGAAAUUUUACAUUCCUUAAUGUAAUAAUGUGAGGAUGUUUGUAUAUACGGAAAUCUAAUUUGGGAUGAAUCGUUUCUACCUAUUGCUUAUACUGGUGUGAACUGUACUUUGAUUCUACAAUUUCAAUUAUUUCUGUCGUACUACAAAAUAAUUUACUCAUAAUAUACGUCACACUC